CCGAGCCAUCUUGCUGUUACCCGAAGCUGAGGAAUUACGCAACUUGGCAUUGACACCACAAGACCUGUACUUAGACUGUCGAUAUCAAGCUGCGGGACCAAGGACAAGUAUAACCUGGUGAAGGGGUGGUAUACAAGAGAGUCUAUGGACUGGCUAAAAGGGGGUGAUGGUGCCCGACAUAUGGAAAGUGAGAAGAUGAAUCUGCAAGAACAAGAUACACUCCGAGUCCACGAUCACGACCAACUCCCAAUUCCCAUCGAGAACGAACGAACAAUUCCCCUGAAUGAUUCUGCGUAUGCUUCUGUCGCAUUGAGGGCUGGGCAGGACCACCAACAAAGUCUAAGAUAUUUCGAUCAGCAAAACGGGCCAGACGUCAGCGGUCUUGGUACUAUUGCUAGGCCAAUAACUAAAUCUCCAAGUAUCGAUGAUGGGAAUGCUGGCAACAUAGGAGAUUUAUAUGUUCAGCAAGGAAUCCUUGGUAGGGGAGCAUAUGCAAUCGUGAAAAAAGUCGUACACAAGACCAGCGGACAAGUCUUCGCGCGAAAGUGCUAUAUAGUGGCAGGUCCAAACGCCGAGUAUAUCAAGCACCAAUUCACGAACGAGAUUGAGAUCAUGAAAAGCUUACCAGAGCAUCACCACAUGAUUAGCUAUGUGGCUCUUAUUCGGAGGGCCGACAAUUUUCCAUUCUUGUUCAGCCGGUUGCCGAUUCUGGAUCAUUGGCAGACUAUAUCCAUGACAUCCGAGAAAGAGGUCUCCCAUCUAGGGAAGAGCGACUGAUACUUUUGAUGGCGACCGGGUGCUUAGCCAGUGGUCUCGCAUUCAUACACCAGAAGACAUUCGCCAC